GAGCGGAGAAAGUGGCUUUGCGGGGAAGCUGCUCACCAAACGGGACGCACGCACGCUCGCAGCUGGGCUUGAGGCGCCGGGCCAUUUCUUUCUGGUGGUUGUUGUGACCAGGCGGUGUUUCUUUCUAUACCCAGAGCCAUGGAGACGAUGCAGGAGCUGAUCCCCUUCGCCAAGGAGAUGCUCAGCCAGAAGCCCAACGGGAAGAUGGUCAAGCUCUACAUGAUGGGGAGCGUCCUGGCCUUCUUUGGAGUAGUGAUUGGCCUGAUGGAGACCGUCUGCAGCCCGUUCACUUCGGAGGGGAGGAUAGAGGAGGAGGAGGAGGAAGGCCGAAAGGAGCCUGCUUUUCCCCUGAUGAAAAAGGAGAUGCCCCUUCAGAAACAGGAGGAAAUAAUGUUGGAAAAGAGUAAACAGGCCUUGGCAGUGAGGAAUUCGGUGAACAGGCAUCAUGCAUCAUGAAAAGAAACACACCUUGCCUAGAGUGAGCAAGAACAUGUUGACCUGUAACGGGUCAGAUCCGUUGCUCUUUUUUUACGCUGCAGGUGCAGAUCCCUGCAAACCGGAGGACUGUUUCUGUGAGACUGCAAAUGCAGAAAGACUCUUUCUAAGCAGGAACAUUUUAUCUUGCUGCUAUGCAGCAGUGGAGCUGCACAGCUGUUUCAGUUUAAUGUACCUGUUCUGUUGGUAUAUGAAUAUGCAAAACUAGCUGCGUCUUUGCCUACCUUUGUGUGGGUUUAUUUUUUAUUAUGACUGUACAUACAUUUUACAGAUAAUUUUGCAUUUAAAUAAACUAUUUUACAUGUAAUGCACAUGAA